AUGGAGGCUGGGGGCUGCCGCUACCAGUUCCGGAUCGCGCUGCUGGGGGACGCGGCGGUGGGCAAGACGUCGCUGCUGCGGCGCUACGUGGCGGGCGCGCCCCGGACCCCCGAGCCCGAGCCCGAGGCGGAGUCGACGCCCACGGUCGGCGUCGAGUUCUACAGCCGCGCGCUGCAGCUGCCGGCCGGGCCCCGCGUCAAGCUGCAGCUCUGGGACACCGCGGGCGAGGAGCGCUUCAGGUGCAUCACCAGGUCCUUCUACCGGAACAUGGUGGGUGUCCUGCUGGUCUUUGAUGUGACAAACAGGAAGUCCUUUGAACACAUCCCAGACUGGCACCAGGAGGUCAUGGCCACUCAGGGCCCCGACAAGGCAAUCUUCCUGCUGGUUGGCCACAAGAGUGACCUGCAGAGCACCCGUUGUGUCUCGGCUCAGGAGGCAGAGGAACUGGCCGCCUCCCUGGGCAUGGCCUUCAUGGAGACCUCAGCCAAAAGCAACUGCAAUGUGGAUCUGGCCUUCGACACCCUCGCUGACGCCAUCCAGCGGGCCCUGCAGCAGGGGGACAUCAAGCUGGAGGAGGACCGGGGCGGUGUGCGGCUCAUCCACAAGACCCAAAUCGCCAGGCCCCCCAGCAGGAAGCAGCACUCAGGCCCAUGCCAGUGUUGACUCUGGGAGGGAAAGGGUUAAAGCAGUGCCAACCUCAGAGCAGCUGGUGGGAGGGGAGAGUUAGCAUCCCUCUGGAGGGCAAAUGGCGAAAUAUAUCCAAAGGGUUAAUAUAAACAGUAUCCUGGCAAAGUCAUGCCUCCUGGAUUUUGUCGUCUUGGGAGCUCAGCCCCUUUCUACCAGAAAUGUCUAGGGCGGGGUGUGCAGCUUCUGUCAUUGAUCCUGUUUCCUUGUUCAUCAAUGGGGCUAUAAAAUACCCCAGCUCUCAGGGAAGGUGUGGGUGUGAAUGAGAUAAUGGAUGGGAUAUGCUCAGCCAGAGCCUGCCAGUCAGGGAGAAGUGAAUGCCCAGAGUUGUCACCAACACUCCUUCCUCUCUUGGCCGGGAUGUGGCCAUUUCUGGCAGCGUUCCUGGGCUCGGACGCUGAGAUGCUCAGCGUCUGGACGCCGCUGCACAGGCGAGGAUGGGUGCAGGGAAUUUCAGAGCAAGCCGGCCUCGGAGACUCCUUGGGUGCUGAGGCUUGGAUGAGUCUUCAAGUGUGGCCUCAAACCCAGGGUUGCAGCCCCUGCCCCUACUCCAAGGCCAGGGGCUGCAUCUGGAUCUGGGAGAAGGGAUGAACAUGAAUGAGCAGCUCCCGUGUUGGGCACACAGUGGAUGCCGCGGUUAGCCACCAAGAUCCCCUUCAGGGCUGAAGAACCAACCUAUGGCCGCCCCAUCAGGCUGCUGGGAGUGCUGCCUGAUGAUGGUCCUCAACUUGCAGCCCUUUCUGGGAAGUGCCCACCCCUCAGGGGCAGCCCACUUCCAAUGUCAGUGUAAUGGGGGGAGCUGUUCAAAGGCCCAGACCUCUUAUCCCAACACUGGACAACUCUGAAGGUCAAACCCAGCUUAACACUCUCUAUGGGGGGGGCCACUGUUGUGACAACAUCACAGCUAAAUUCCUCCUCUGCUCAGUCCUGCUUCCUUCCUUCCCUCCCCCAAGCAGGUAUUGAUCUCAAGAAUCUCCUAAUGUCUGCACAACAAUCUCCAUCUCAGUCUACCUUGAAACAGAAACUGCUAGGCAGAGAAUGUUUGAGAGCAAUCAGGGCAAGCUUCAUGGAGGAGAUGUUGUUUAUGUUGGGAAGAAUCUCAGUAAGUGUAGAGGGUGUCGCUUGGGGUGUCAUUGUGCCACUGGGCAUGGGAAGAGCAUGGGCAGUUGCCACAGCAAAAAGAGUACACCCACUUAACUCACUUUGUGACCUGGGGCCGGUCACUCCACCUCCUUGAGUCUCACAUUCCUUCUCAAUAACAAGUGACUGAUAAUCCUUCCUUUCUAGGGUUCUUGGGAGGUGUUCAGUCAGGGUGAGUUUCUCAGCUUCCUCCCAUGGUGACUGGGCCGGGUGGGUCUCACUAUGCACUGACUGCCUCCUCUUUUUAAAACAUCAUCACUCAUCCUUAUGAUAAUCUUGCAAGGUCGGCACAGUUAUCCCCAUUUCACAGAUGGGAAAGCUUGGGUCAGGAGAGGGAAAUG